AAAUCUGCUAGCCCGCAGAUCACAAGUUUCUGUAGCCAGAAAUGACCGACGAAGUCCGCUCCUGAGCCCGAAUUACAGUAAAUGAAACGGUGAUGGCCUUAUGCCCUACUGCUGAAGCCUUUGAAGCAGCAAAGAAAGAAUUUAUUAGCUCGGUCAGGAAUGGAGAACCAGAAGUCUCACACUUCGCUUCCAUAAGUGAAGUUUACGAUGCCACAGAAGAGAUUCAGAACGAACAAUCAAAGUCUGGCACUCUCCGAAACCUUCGAAUGAUCCAGCCAUAUCUGGAUUGCCUAAACCAUUAUGCCGGGGUUAUCGAGACUUUUGCACAGGUCAAACCUGACGUGAUAUCACUCAUAUGGGGUCCAAUCAAGAUGAUCUUGCUUGUCACUAAGACCUACGUCAAAGGGUAUGAAAAGAUAUGGGACGCUAUGGCUCAAGUGGGAGCACGGCUGCCUCAAUUUGAGAAAUAUGCCCGAGUUUUCGAGCAAUAUUCUCAGAUCAAACAAGUACUUUGUUUGUUCUAUAAGGACAUACUUGAGUUUCACUUCACAUUACUGGAAUUCUUCCAUCUCAACAAAAGGAGAAUGUUCUUCGAGAGCAUUUGGCCGAAGUACUUCGGCAAGAUCCAAUUGAUCAUUGAGAAUAUUGAGAAACACCGAAACUUGAUGGACAGCGAGGUCACGCUGGCCAACAUAAUGGAAGCAGAUGCUGCACGACUCGAUGCAUACAGGAGAUACGAGCAGAACCAAGAAUUCCAACAGCGUCAAGAUUUCAACACAGCAAAAACUUCUUUAUCACCGGCCCUAUACGACCACGAACUUGAAAGGAUCAAAAGGGAAUGUUCAGUCCAAUCUGGUAAUUGGCUGGAAACACUUGAGCAAUUUCGAAGCUGGUUGGACCCCAGCAAGUCGACGACAAGGCUGUUUUGGCUCCAAGGGAUUCCAGGUGCAGGAAAAACAUUCCUCACAUCACUCAUCACGCGCCGUAUAAAAGAACGAAAGGAUCCUUUAGCUUUCGCUUUUCUUUCCUACCAGGCUCGAGAUGAAGCUUCCACUUUGAAAGUACUUCACUCCUUCAUUUUCCAAUUGGCUAUCGAAGACCAGAGUCUGCAGCCACUGGUCUGUUUUGCUCAUAAAAACAGCCCUCGGGAGCUUUCUAGUAGUGUUGACUUCGCCCAAGGCCUUCUCAAAGAUCUACUGAAGAAUCUACCUGCAACAUACAUUGUAAUCGACGGGUUGGAUGAAAUAUUAGAAGUUGAGCGAAUAUUUCUCCUCGAUAUUUUGCUCGGUUUACACAUUGAGCAUGAUAAUCUCAAUCUGCUAUUUAGUAGCAGAGCCGAACAUGAUAUUUCCCGGCUUCUGGAGCCCAAGGCUCAACCAACCCGAGUCCAGGAUAGAAACAGUCAAGACAUUCAAGUGUAUGUCGAAAAAAGAAGAGAUGGAUGGCUUCGGAGGCUUGAUAUCGACCUUGAAAUCGCGAACGAGGUUCGUUUGCUUAUGGAAAAUAUCGGGGAGCGUGCCAAAGGUAUGUUCAUGUAUGCGAGGUUGGUGUGUGACAACUUGGAACUCCAAACCGACCUUGAUGCCAUCAAAGAGGAAGCAGCCAACCUCCCAAGCGGACUGAAUGAAGCAUACGGGCGAAUUAUGGUUAGAAUCCAGCAGGACCUUAGACCGCAAGAACGUCGUGAAGCAAAGCAAAUUUUAGAAUGGGUUGGUUGCUCGUUAAGUCCAGUGUCCGAGAACGAGAUAAAACUGGCACUCCUGGUAUCGCGUGGCGGAGACUUAUCUAAAGGUCCUCGAGGGAUCUUUACAAACAUAUUCCAACGAUGUGGCCCAAUCAUCGAAACCGUGAACGGUUUCAUUCAAUUUGUUCACUUCAGUGCAAGAGAGUAUCUGUUCCACACACAUAGUGGACGAUAUUUGAAAGAAGCUGAUGGGCAUGCAAACAUUGCUUCGGCUUGCAUUCGCUACCUUUCAUCUGACUGCUUCGACCCGCAUGUUCAGGAUAGCUCUAUGCAAGAAUUCGUCGUCAAAGGAUCCUACGUUUUAGAGAACUACGCCUACCUACACUGGUUUGACCAUGUUCAGAAAUGCGCUGACGUAGCUCCGGAAACGAUUUCAAAUGAAAUCAAAGACCUUGCAGGAAAGCGAGCCAACCUUGGUUUCGAUCGAACCAGCGGAACCAAUUCUUCAAAUUUAGUCUACAAGGUCUUCCAAAAAUUUCCUGUAGACUUGCACGAGAUCCUUCUUGACAUGAGUGCCUUCUGGAGAUCGCGGAAUCACAACUUCUGCUUUGAGACCGUUGAAUCGUGGAAGAAUUUCGACCCACUCAUAAUAUCCGCGCAACACUCUCGAAUACAAACUCGCCUGGAAACAAUACUCUGUUCAACCCAAGCGACGCAUGAGCCAGGAUGCAAAUGCACAGUGUUGCAAAGCACAUAUGGUACCUGUCUCUACAAAUGUAGUAGGCCAGGAUGCCCCCGAUUCAGAACUGGGUUCGAUAGCAACAAGGAAAGAGUGAAUCACAUACAAGCUCACAAUCGACCAUUCAAAUGCGAUUCCAGGGAUUGUCCUUACCGAGAGUUCGGCUUCACGACUAAAGCACUUCUCCAGGAUCACACAAACAAGCUCCACAACAAUAACAUUGGGACACCCUUAUCUCAACUAGAUACAAUAAGUGACAUCGAGGAUGCCAGAACCAUUAUCGAGGAUGCUAUAAUCUUCAACGAUCUCGAUUUAGUUCGUAGCCAGAGGGAAGUAGUUCGAUCCUGCGGUGAUAUAUUGAUCCCCCUUUGUGUUACAAGAAGGUCAUCUAGUGAAAUGCUUCGGUUACUUGUGGAAAUCUGCAAGGGUAGAAAAUAUAAGAGAUUGGAGAUACUUACAAUGAACUGUUCAACGCGCUGUUACCUAUGCGGCCGAACACUUCAGUUGAGAUCCAAGCUGUCAAAUGCAUUCAAGCCAUGGAAAAGGUCAUGACGGUCAGAGGGUACGAAACAUGUCUCUCGGUUCUUGCAGAACGCUGCUGCUCUCGCCUGAUCGCAAAAUAUUGCCUCGAAAAUGGAGCUGCUGUGGACUAUUCAUCGCCGACGCCAUUGUGG